AUGCUGAAGAAGACUGUUAAGAGGAAGCUGGACCUGGAUGGGAAAGACGGUGGUGGGGUCAACUUACACCGGGUGUACAAAUUCAAGAUCUUACUCCCAAAUGGGGUGACGGUUGGACUAAGAUUGAGUAACCCUGAACCUGAAAUGUCACUCCAGAAUUUCAUUCAGAAGUUGAGAGAGGAGUAUGUCAUUGUGAGGAGGCAAUCAGGGGAAGAAAACGAAACCGCUUUGAUGAGUGUAUUGAGGUGA